AUGAAAAAAAGAGGACUGGACUCCAAAUUUGCAUUUGCGAAGUGUAAAAAGAGGAUUAAUAAUUUGGAAGAUGGGAUCAGUCAAUUACCCAAUGACAUUCUUAUUCGCAUCCUGUCCCACUUGACAAUGAAAGAGGCAGCAAGAACUAGUCUACUCUCAAGUAGAUGGAAAGAGUUGUGGACAUAUUCAACUGGUGCUUUAGAUUUUGAUGCUUUGAAGGUGUUGCGGAAAGUUAAAGAAAAUCCGGAGCUGUUAAGUGGAGAGGGUGCAACCAUUGAUGACCUCCGAGUUCAUUUUGAUUUGGAUUCUAGUUUCACAUCUGAUAUUGAUAAUUGGGUUCACUUUGCAUUGCAUAAGAGAGUUAAAAGGCUUGAGUUGAAUUUUGCACAAUUAUUUUCGAUGAAUAGCCCAAAAGGGCGUUAUUGUUUAUCUAUGCGGUCACUGGAUUUUUCAAGCCUCGAAUUCCUAACUGCAAUUCGUUUUACUUGUGUAGAAGUGACUGAAGAAUGUCUUGAACGCUUCUUGUCGAGCUGUCCAUUUCUUGAAGAAUUAUCUGUUAAUAGCUCGUUAUGUCUAGUAAAUCUAGAAGUUUGUGGUCAAUCACUAAAGCAUUUGAAAAUAGUUUACUGUUGGCAUUUGGAAAACAUUGAGAUAUCUGCAAAAAAUCUUGUGUCAUUUGAAUAUUCUGGUCCCAAAAUAAACUUGUGUUUCAAGAGUCCAUGCGAUCUUUCUAAACUAUCGCUGCAUAUUGAACCUGGCCCAUUUACACUCCAUAAAUUGUUUCAGCUGUCUUGCUAUAUCUCUCAGCUGUUUCAGCUAUCUAGCUAUAUCUCUCAGCUGCAGACACUUGAAUUGCACUUGACGCAUCAGGCAUUUGAUGACUUCCCCAAAUUUCCUAAAUUAAGGAAUCUAAAGCAAUUAAGAUUGAGAGUGAAAGCAUUUCUUAGCUUCCUUCCUUGCAUUUCCCUGAUAGAGGCAUCUCCUUGUUUGUAUAGAUUUUCUAUUGAGGUUAAUGCUCUUACUUUCCAGUUUACAAGAAUUUCUACAAGGGAAACUGGUGCUCAUGUCAAUGAGGUUUCAUUACGGGGAUAUUGCACACAUUCAUAUCAGGGUCCAAAUGAGAUUUUAUUGCGUUUAGUGGGUAGACGAUGCUGUGAUGCGGUAUGGUACUCAGCAAGGUUUCCAGGCUGCCAAUACAGCUCUGGGACAAUGCUGAGGAUAAGCAGCCUUGCAGCUUUAAAUAGUGUUGAUUUGGCCUCAGGGUUCAUGGUGAUGAAGAUAGUCAUAUUCCUAUGCCUGUUUAUUGAAGUUUUUGGUUCGUAUAGUGAGCUUUUGCAAGAAAAGUUUGUUGAAACGCCGGAGAAAUGUCUGCAUAAAUGUCUGCUUAAAUGUCCCAAGGUGGUCGAAUUCAUUGGAUUUGCUGGCCGUGAGAUUGAUGUUGAGUUUGCCAUGUACUUACUUGAAAAUGUUGUGUCGCUACAUAAGAUUACUAUUGAUACUUGCCAACCAUAUAAGUUACCCCCCGAAUAUAUAAGACCCCAAAGGAAGGAAUUUGAGGGUCAAGUAGAAGCGAAAAUGUGUGCUAUGGAGCUGCAAACAAAAUUGCCUCCAGGGGUUGAACUAAUUAUACUAUGA